AUGGCCCCCAACAGUACUACCAAGAAGGCGGUCCACUUCGGUGCUGGCAACAUUGGUCGUGGAUUCGUUGCCUGCUUCCUCCACAACUCUGGAUAUGAAGUCAUCUUUGCCGAUGUCAAUGGCGAUCUGAUCGACUCGCUCAAUGCCAGCCCCUCCUACAAGGUCAUCGAGGUGGGAAGCGAGGGAACAGAGGAAUCGACCAUCACCAACUACCGCGCCAUCAACUCCCGUACCAACGAGGAAGAGCUUAUCCAGGAAAUUUCCACGGCUGAAGUGGUGACUUGCUCCGUCGGCCCUAACAUCCUCAAGUUCAUUGCCCCUGUUAUCGCCAAGGGUAUCGACCGCAGAUCCGAGGACCUGCCCCCAGUGGUUGUCAUUGCCUGCGAGAACGCCAUCGGAGCGACGGAUACGCUUGCCGAGUACAUCAAGGACCCCAAGAACACUGACCCGAGCCGGUUGGCGGACUAUGACAAGCGCGCACGGUUCGCCAACUCGGCCAUUGAUCGCAUUGUGCCGGCCCAGGAUCCCGACGCUGGUCUGGAUGUCAAGCUCGAGAAGUUUUAUGAGUGGGUCGUCGACCGUACUCCCUUCAAGGACAUGUCGCCGCCAGACAUCAAGGGCAUCAUGUGGGUCGACAACCUGCUGCCCUACAUUGAGCGCAAGCUCUACACUGUCAACACCGGCCACGCGACAGCUGCGUACCACGGUUACAUCCGCCGCAAGAGCACCGUCUAUGAUGCCCUCCAAGAUAAGGAUAUUCAAGAGGAAGUCAAGAAGGCACUCGACAACACUUCCCACCUUAUCACGCAGAAGCACGGCAUCGACGAGAAGGCCCAGUACGAGUACGUUGACAAGAUUGUCAGGCGCAUCAGCAACCCUCACCUGGAGGAUGCCGUCGAGCGCGUAGGCCGUGCCCCAUUGCGGAAGCUGUCCCGCAAGGAGCGGUUCAUCGGCCCUGCAGCCGAGCUUGCCGAACAUAGUAAGGACUGCAGCGCUCUGCUCGACGCCGCUGAGAUGGCAUUCCGCUUCCAGAACGUCGAGGGAGACGAGGAGUCCGCCGAACUUGCCAAGAUCAUGGCCAACAACAAGGCUGAAGAUGUUGUCAAGCAGGUCUGCGGCUUGAACGAGAACGAGAAGUUGUUCCCCAAGGUGGUCGAGAUUGUACAGCGCGUACAGGCCGACUCGCAAGACGACUAG